UACAAGAAUGUCGAAUACUCCAUAUGGGGCUUUGCGCAUUUGCGCAUUUCGAACUAUUUGCUCUUCCACUCUCGGGUGCCAGUGGCCCUUGACCAGACAGCCAGCCGUCUAGGUAUUUAUUUGAUUUCAUGUCCUCAAAGCCUGUUCUUCAUGCUUUCUCCCCCUUCUCAACCGCCAUCUGCUUGAUACAUUAUCCUGCCCACGAUAGUACUUCUCGGCUCUUCCCAUCAAACUCAUAUCACCUUCAGCAAAGAGGGAAGGAUGACCAAGGGUCUUACCUAGCCAGGCAAGCUUACCCAAGGAUGCUGUGUGUUGCCCGUCACGGCCCGUUCAAUCAAAUACCCCUCGGUGGCAUUUCAUGGUCUCGGCCUGAUAGCUGGCAUCAAACCCUCGGUGUCUUCCGGGCCCCUCCCCGGUAUUUCGCCCCUUCAUUCAACCCCAAACGCCUCAAGCGCCUCAAGCGCCUCACGCGCUGUCCAGGCAGCCGUUCAACGGAUAUGCGUAAAGACGAGAAGAACAGGGGCAGUGCGCGCAAGACAACGACUCAGUCGUCGAUCAUCGAAUCGACCUCGAAGGGGGAAACCUCCACCGAGCCUACUACCUCUCUGACGGGCCCAGGUCUGUCGACAACCGAUUCGGCCGACUGUAGUAAGAAGGAGGAAAGGGUUGAGAGCUCUGACGCUAGUAAAGCCUCGGAUAUUGCAAAUUCCUGUGCCGUCGCCCUUGGUCUUCCUUCGUCUGAGACGUCACAUGUUCCAGCUGGUUAUUCGUCUCAAUAUCCUUCCCCUUCACCAGGCGCGACUAUCUCUGCCGCCGGCAGUGCUUUCGCCCAGGCUUACCUUAGUCGACGGAAAAAACAACUCAUCGACUCUUUGAUGGCCGUGAUCCGGGAAUGGCUUGACAGAGCACUCGGGCCCUUGGAGGAUGAAGAAGAGACAAGCGAUGGUAGUGGCAGCGGGAACAGUCGUUCUGGCCACUCUAAGAGGUCGGCUUCGGCUUCGGGCUGCAACACCUCCUCUGGAGGGCCUGGCUGUUCACUUGCCGGUCAAAAGCGCCAACUGCACCGUAAUAACAGGGAUCAAAACUCGGAUGACGAGGAAGAUCAGGAGGGACAGGAUAGGACCCCCAAACGCUCCAAGAAGGAUAGGGAUGAUAGUCGCCGAAAGUUUGCUUGCCCUUAUUACAAGCGGGACCCCGUCAGACACAAUUGCCGCAACUGCUGCGGUCCGGGCUGGGACACUGUUCACAGGGUUAAGUCCGUCACUUCGCAAUCCCAAUCCCAAUCCCAAUCCCAUAAUCAAAUGCCCUUCCCUUCCCCCCCCCCAUGCAGGGCUCUUCAUCUAACAUGAAUGGACCAUAUGUCAGGGAGCACAUCUAUCGACGUCACAGUCUUCCCGAGUUCAUGUGUUAUCGCUGCCGUGGAUUCUUCAAGACCAAAGCGGAGCUUGAGGACCAUCAGAGAUCAGAGACUUCUUGCCCGCUACGCGAUUCCUUUGCACUUGAUCCUGUCGACGGGUUCGACAAGGAAAAAGAGACCAAACUCCGGGCGCGCUCGAGUGGCAAGAAGACCGAGGUUGAAAAGUGGUCUGACAUGUAUCGCAUCCUGUUUGAGUUGGAGCCGG